CCCGCCUACUCGCCCCUCGCCGCGUCUGAACCUGUCGCACCCUUUGCGCAACAACACCAGACCCGCCAGGCAGCACCAGAGCGCGAGAGCCGCCCACCUGCGCUCGUCCUCCCCGACCCGCUCGCCCUCCUGCACCGCCCCAACUCGCUCGACUCGGACUCGAGCUUCGACCGCGACGGCGACGACGACGACGACGACGACGACGACCGCACCGUGUACGGCGACAAGCACGACCGCGACGAGCCGACGACCGACGACAGCGACAAGGAGCGCGCCUACCUCGUCGACCCGGAGAGCGGCCGCCGUCGCGCCGACGACCAGGACAGCGACGACGGCUGGGACCCGCUCGGCACUGGCCGCAAGAACCGCCUUCGCCGCCGCCUCUUCCUCAUCCCGGUCGGCAUCGUCGGCUUCCUCUCCGUCGCCUUCCUGUCGUCGUCGGUCCUGUCGGCCGCAACGGGCAGUCACCGGUACCGCGGCGAGGGCCUCAAGCACAUCACGACCGACGAGCUCGCCAACGGCACGUUCUGGCCCGAGGGCGUCGAGCUCGAGUGGGUCGCAGAGGCCGGCGACGGCGUGUUCAGCCAGCGCACCGACGACGGCUCGAUCGUCCUCACCGACCUGUCGGCCAACUCGUCUCGCACGCUCGUCAACGGCUCCGACAUCAAGGACGAGAACGGCGACAAGCUCGCGUGGUCGAGGUUCAAGCUGAGCGCCGACAUGCACUACGUCCUCUUUGACGCGGAAUGGACCAAGGUCUGGCGCCACUCGACGCUCGCCAACUUCUACCUCUACCCGCUCAACUCGUCCUCUUCCUCGACCUCGCCGCGCACAAUCCCUCUUCUCCCUCCCUCUUCUCCGCCGCACACCUCGCUCGCGACCUUUUCCCCGACGUCGCACCACGUCGCCUACGUCGACGGGCACGACCUGUUCGUGCUGCCCGCCGGCGAGUGGGAGGACGGGCGCGCGAGCGGCGCCGAGGCGAUGCGCGACGCGGCGCUCAGGGUCACCGAGGACGGCGGCGAGACGGUCUUCAACGGCGCACCGGACUGGGUCUACGAGGAGGAGAUCUUCAGCUCGGACUCGGCCCUGUGGUGGUCCCCGGCGAGCGAACACCUCGCGUUCCUCAGCUUUGACGAGACGGACGUGCCCGAGUACGAGUACCCGGUGUACAACGUCGACCCUGUCAAGGCGGGAGGCGAGCCGUACCCACCAAAAGUCACCAUGCGUUAUCCCAAGCCCGGCUACCCGAACCCGCGCGUCUCGCUGCGCGUGUUCUCCCUGUCGACCUACCUCGCCUCGACCUCGUCCCCCUCCGCCUCGAGCUCGCGCGCCGCCCGCAUCCGCGCCGCGACGCACACGCUCGUCCUCGAGCGGCCCUUGCCCGAGUCGAACUUCCUCGUGACGCAGGUCGCGUGGGUCGGCCGAGACGAGCUCCUCGUCAAGAUGACGGACCGCACGGCGCGGUUCGAGCGCGUCGGGCUCUUUGACCUGAGCGACGAGGGCCUGCGCGGUGCGGCGGCGAGGGGGAAGGAGGGCACGGUGGUCGGCAAGGUCGUGAGGGAGACGGACUGGGAGGAGGUCGACGGCGGGUGGGCCGAGCCGGACCAGAGCGUCGUCGGCGUCGACUCGCCGCUCGCCGCUCGCGCCCCGACACCGCCAACGUACCCUCCCGGCUACCUCGACGUCCUCCCCAACCCGCUCGGGUUCCGCCACCUCGCCUACUUCUCGCCGGCCUCGUCCCCGAACCCGGUCUGGCUCACCAACGGCACGUGGGAGAUCGACGGCGGCAUCGAGCGCGUCGACGUUCAACGCGGCCUCGUCUACUUCGUCGCCGCGAACCCGAGCGUCGCGAGGCAGGUCUGGGCCGUGUCGCUCCCGAGGACGCGGGACGCGCUCGACGCGUUGAGGGGCGACGUCGGCAAGAGCGAGGACAAAGACGAGCUCGCGCACUACGCCGUCAACGUCAGCCCGGGCGGCGGCGUGUACCAGCUCAACUACGAGGGUCCGGGCGUGCCGUGGCAGAAGCUCUUCAAGGCCGACGACCCGGGCUUCGUCCUCACGCUCGCCAACAACUCGGCCCUCGCCGCUCGCGACGCCCUGUACGCCCACGCCCAGGUCGUCCACUCGCGCAUCUCGCUCCCGCGCACCUACGACGCCCUCGGAGCCGGCACGGGCGACGUCGAGCUCGACGCGAUGGAGCUGCGGCCGCCCUUGAUGGACCUGAGCGGCAAGACUCGGUACCCGGUCCUCUUUCAAGUGUACGGCGGCCCCAACUCGCAGACGGUGACGACCCGGUUCCAGCGCGACUGGCACCACUACCUCGCCGUCUCGCUCGGCUACGUCGUCGUGCGCGUCGACCCGCGAGGGACGGGCUUCCGCGGCCGCAAGUUCCGCACGACGGUGCGCAAGCGCCUCGGCGAGGUCGAGGCGCAGGACGUCGUCGCCGCCGCGACCGAGUGGGCCAAGCGCCCGUACAUCGACGAGAAGCGCGUCGGGAUCUGGGGCUGGUCGUACGGCGGUUUCCUCACGAGCAAGGUCAUCGAGGCCAACUCGUCCGUCUUCCAGCUCGGCAUGGCCGUCGCGCCCGUCACCGACUGGCGGUUCUACGACAGCGUCUACACCGAGCGCUACAUGGCUCUGCCGACCGAGGACGACAACCUCGCCGGCUACGUCAACUCGAGCGUCGUCAACAUGGAGGGCUUCUCGCACGCCGACUUUGCGCUCGCUCACGGCUCGGGCGACGACAACGUGCACUUCCAGAACACGGCCAACCUGCUCGACCGGUUCACGCUCGCGCACAUUCGGCGCUUCCGCUUCCGCAUGUUCACCGACAGCGACCACUCGAUCCGGACACGUGGAGCGUACUGGGAGCUGAUGGCGUUCCUCGAGGCCUUCCUCCGCGAACGCUUCGGCGAGGGUGGGCGCACCAAGUCGCGCUGGAAGCUCAAGGUCGAGAACUUGCCGUUCGACCCGGCUCUCAAGGGCGAGCGCGAGAGGGCGUGACAGGAGCACGCGUGUACGACGACGACGACGAGCGGGACGAGUUGUAGUACAUAGACUUGCAUGCGCUCACAGUUUCAGAGCU